AAUGUCGGAUCGUAUUAUCCUGCCGACAAGCACAUUUUGAAACAGGGAAUGUUUCAAGUCAGCUGUUCGAUUAAAGAAAACAAAGGCUAUUGUACAAAAAGACUCCUAACAGUCAAACAAAAUGACACUAAUGGGCAGCGUUCCGUGACUCACUUUGAAUUCAAUGCAUGGGAUAAUACCAGGAAUAUCCCAAGGUCAGCUAAGGAUUACCUUGACCUUAUUCGAAGCGUUGAUGCCAACUUAAGAGAAUCUUCUAACCGAGGCCCGGUUCUUGUUCACUGUUUAGACGGGGCGGGCAAAAGCGCCUUGUUUUGUGUUGUUUCAAUUCUGUUGGAAAAAAUGGACAUAUACCAGGAGGUCAGCGUUGUUAACACAAUUAGGAAAGUCAAGUCAAGACGGAAAUCAGCAAUUCCUAACAAGGAACAGUUUGAAUUCUGCCACGAAUGCGUGUUGUCCUGCAUGAAGUCAUUUGAAUACAGCAAAUAUGCAAAUUUCACUACUAGUAUGUCAAGUGCACCAGAUGCUUAAACAAAUUGAACAAGCAAGAGAAAAAUCGACAACAGGCGAAAUGAGAUUGUGUUAUUAUUGUAACCAAUAUAUGAAAAAACCUGCGUUAACUGUUCAUGAGAAAGGCUGAUCCACUGAUUCUUUUUCUAAGAAUGGGACAAAUUCAUUCAAAACGAUUGCCAAUACUUGUACAUAAGUAGUAUUUCGUGCCUGGAUGUAAUUAGAUAUAUGAUGGGAUUUCUAUCGUUUGACAUCACAGUUUGAUAGUGAACUCCUAAUAUAAAUAUUCCUAUAUAAUUCAAUUGAAUCGAUAAACGCUGUAUUUAGAUAAGCAUGAAUUUCGACAAACUGGAUGACAGUGUGAGCUAUCUUUUACCUACUUUAUCACAAUGUUUGCCUAUAUGUAAGCCGGACAAGUUGGCCGGCUUAAAGGACGUUGAAAAUGAAAAUAUACCCCUUUGACAUUUCAUAAGAUUUUUUUUAUGAUUUUUAUUAUGUUAUUUUUUGUUUGUAAAUGAUAAUAUUUUUGUAGAAGGUAUGACCUUUCUUGUAACAAUGUGAGGUGUUCUAAUGUAGAUGUGAAACCCAGAUUGUAUGUACUGCACUAGUUCCAUAAAUUACCUUCCCGGUGCCAUAAAACACAACAUUGGUACAUAAUACUAACAUGGAGCUCCUUCCUGUUUUUGGCGGGUUCCCCAACAUUAAUUAACGCACUUAUUAUACCUGUCUUUGUUGUGGCAUUGUUUUAUCUCUGUGCGUGUUAUUGGUCUGAUCUAGGAUGUAUGUCUACCGGACUUGUUCCUGUAGUUUCUUACUUUCACCCUGCCUUUGCAUAAUUAUAGUCAGUAAACUUUAAACGAUAAAUUAUCGUAUUUAUUGAACACAGACAUGACGCGUUUGUCUGUGAUACAUUUCUGUCUGUAUCCCUUUAUUAUAGUUUGGAUCACAUUAUUUCAGAACAUAUAAAUACGGCCCUACGAAACCGUCUUAGGACUCGACAUUCAAAGGAAACAUGCCGAAGGGUAGAUACCGAGGCAAACAUCAAUGUACAAAUACAUGUAUGACACGUGACUGUCAAUCGUGAUAAUUAUUCAUUAUAGGCACAACAUAGAAUAUGUUAAUAUUGAUUCUUUUAUAUAAACUUACAUGUAUUUAUAUAAUCAGGCGAUGUAAGGGUCCUUAUGGGAAAGUAAAGAGUCUGUAAUAUACAAGUCUAUGUAUUAUUCUGUUUUGAGUUAAAUUAUCUAAUAUUACAUAAUUAAAAAUGACUUUUGUUAGUCUCUUACAUGUUUCCUGUAAGUUGACGAUACAAGAGCGCGGAUUAAAGGCAGAGAGUAAUAUUUCAACUGUGGAAGUUUGGAUGUACACCAUUUUGAUUAUUCAUAUUUGUUCAAAUGCUUUUAUUUGUAUUUACAAAUUCAUCUCUCUUCCUGUUUCACUAAACAAUUCACUCUUCAAAGGAUAGGAACACAAAAGGAAACUUGCGAACAAUGAAACAUAAUAUAAGGAAGAUCAGGAAGUAUGUGUAUAUCAUAUGAUGUUUUAACAACUGAAACAAAAAAUAAACCUUAAAUAUUUA